GAGUAAGUUAUCCUUUGUUUAUUUUAAAUAGAGUAGACAGCUCUGGGGGGGGGAUGGAAAUGAGAUGACUGCAAAAUUAUCAGUUUCUCUGAUUUUGCUAUGUAUGGGUUUAUGUUUUGAGUAAAAUAAUGUUUUUUCUAUAAACUACUGGCAACAUAAAAAAAAAUCAAAAUACAAAUAGUCAUUUAUGACAGUGAUUCCCAAUUUUUUUUGUAACAUUUCCACAAUUUUAGCAUUAAAACUGAGCUUACUGUAAAAAUCUAAAAAUAAAAAAAAUAGUUUCAAUUAUCAUUCCAUUAAAACAUAAAAGUUAAGUUAUACUUAUAGGUUCAAUUCAGCGGAAAUGUAGUGAACAAAUGUAUGUACUGAACUGGAUAAAAAAAAAAAAAAGUUUGACACUGAAACAUUAUGCACAGUUCAAACAUUGAAUUCAGUAAUUCUCAUAUACCACUAGAGUGAGCCCGCAUAUCACACUUUGAGAAUCAUUGAUUUUGUGUUUAUUUGUAGGAAAUGAAAAAUGGUCAAAAUACCAUAGUAAAGGACCAGUGUUACUUUUCUCAAUUUUUUUUCCAGAACUCUACAUCUAUUGUACUGUAAGUCAAAUGCCGAAAAGGAGAAUAAAAGCUUUUGGGGAGGAGGGGAGACAGUGGCGCAUUUUCCAUCAGGUUUUGCAUCAGAAUUUGUCUUUUUUUUUUGCUCGGCAUAUGCAUUAUAUUUCCAUCAAUUUUCAUGGAAAUCGGUUAAGCAGAUUCUGAUGAAUCCAACUAACUUGCAAGCAAACUAUGUCACAAGGUUACUUUAGCAAUGUGUUUAUUAUGUUGGUUGCAGAUUGCAGAAGUGUAGGUCUGUCCCGAUACCCUAUUUACAUACAGUAAACCACUGCAAAUCUGCCUGUUCAAGGAUUAUUAUUUUUUUUUUUUGGUGGGGGGAUUCUCCAUUAUUUGCUGAAAAAACUCACCUAUUUGAUGUUUUUGGACUCGGGCCUAAACCAUAUCAAAUAAAAAUAUUGGUUUGGCGCCAUCUGGUGGUGUCUUGAUCCCAAGCAACUAUGUUGAACUGAGGGGGAGGAGCUUCGUUCAGUCAGGCCAUAGCCUUGACUAAUAGAAAAAGAGUGCUUUUCUGCCAUCUUGUGGCAUCUAUAGGCAAUUACAAACCUUUUUGGGUGGGCGUCAAUUACUUCCAGUUUUUCACAAUCAGUGAGUGGCAGGCCUUGCCUCCUAUCCUGCGUCACUGUACAGGAGAAAGGCAAUUUAUUUGCACCUCUGAGUAUGAUGCAGUGCACUUGUAAACCACAAGACUGAACAUAUGGUAUAAUAUCUUGUAAUAUGAAACAUUUUGGAUCUCAGAUUGUAGUGGUGCACCAAAUGCAGUGGGUGUGUAAAUAAAUCCCGAAUUCAAAUGUGUUGUAAGCGUCCCUUUGUCACCAUGACGUCGUUCGAUUUCAUGGACCGUAGCCUUAACCUGAGGCUAUUAUUGCUCAUUUAAAUAGCAUUAUUUUGCAUAUUAAAAGAAAGCUGUUGUGCUAAAUGACUCAAAAUCCCUCAGGCAUGUUUAUAUCCUCUGUGUCGUGGAGAUGAAGUGGACUCACGCUGAUAAAAAUCUGUCCUACAUAAUUUGAAAUGAUCACAGUCCUUUGUUGUUACUGCUUGGCAGGCUGCCACGGUAAAUCAUAUGCCGGCAUUUAUUGUUUAACUCGAGCAUUUGUCUCAGUGCUUUUCAGUAAACAUUCCACUGAUGUGUAUUUUUCAGGGGUAUCAGCACAACUGACCAGCGCCCGACUGCGGAGGAACACAUCUGUCGGGACCCCAUUUUGGAUGGCUCCUGAGGUGAUCGCCUGUGAACAGCAGUAUGACUACUCGUAUGACGCCCGCUGUGACGUGUGGUCGCUGGGGAUCACCGCCAUCGAGCUCGCGGAUGGAGACCCCCCAUUGGCUGAGAUGCACCCAGUGAAAGCCCUCUUCAAGAUCCCACGAAAUCCCUCCCCUACGUUGCAAAAUCCGGACCAGUGGUGCAGAAGUUUCAGCCAUUUCAUCGGCCAGUGUCUGAUAAAGGAUUUUGAGGCACGUCCAUCAGUGACUCACCUCCUGGAGCAUCCUUUCAUCAAGCAGGCCCACGGGAAAGAUGUGGCCCUUCGACAGCAGUUGGCGGCUCUAAUCAAAGAGCAGCAAGAACUGGGAUGUGCAGCCAAAACCAAGCACGAACGGAUCAAUACUCGUAAAACCCUCACCAUAGUGAGCAGUCCCGAUGAUGAUCUGGUCAACCUGGAGUUCUUAGACGAGGAGAUCAUUAUUGCCCAUCUCCACAAGAGGUAUGGCGAGCUGCAGGUGUACACGUACGUGGGUGACAUCCUCAUCGCGCUCAAUCCUUUCCAGAACCUCAGCAUCUACUCUCCUCAGUUUUCAAAGCUGUACCAUGGCGUGAAGCGGGCCGACAAUCCUCCACACAUCUUUGCAACAGCCGACGCAGCCUACCAAAGCAUGGUGACUUUCUGCAAAGAUCAGUGUAUCAUCAUCAGUGGGGAGAGUGGUGCUGGGAAAACAGAGAGCGCUCAUUUAAUUGUUCAACAUCUCACCUUCUUAGGAAAGGCCAACAAUCGGACUUUACGAGAGAAGAUCCUGCAGGUGAAUCCUCUUGUGGAGGCCUUCGGAAACGCUUGCACGGCCAUCAACGACAACUCGAGCCGCUUCGGAAAGUACCUGGAGAUGAAGUUCACGCCCACCGGAGCGGUCAUUGGCGCCAAAAUAUCUGAAUACCUGCUGGAGAAGUCAAGGGUCAUCAAACAGGCCAUGGGGGAGAAAAACUUCCACGUCUUUUAUUACAUAUAUGCUGGCCUUUACCACCAAGAUAAGCUGAAGACUUACAGGUUGCCAGAAAAGACAGCUCCCAGGUAUAUUGACAAUCAACAAUGCAAAGUGAUGCAGGACAUUGUCUCCAGCAAACUGUACAAGGAGCAGUUUGAAGUCAUCCAGGAAUGCUUCCGGAACAUCGGCUUUACCGAAGAGGAAGUCAACUCUGUCUACAGGAUUCUCUCAGCCAUAUUGAACACUGGCAACAUAGAAUUUACCGCCAUCACGACCCAACACCAAACCGACAAGAGUGAGGUGCCUAAUUCAGAAGCCUUGGAGAAUGCUGCUUCCCUGCUCAGCAUCGGUCCCGAGGAGCUCCAGGAGGCGCUGACCUCCCAGUGCGUGGUCACCAGGGGCGAGACCAUCAUCCGCACCAACACGGUGGACAAAGCUGCCGACGUGCGGGACGCCAUGUCCAAGGCCUUGUACGGCCGCCUGUUCAGCUGGAUCGUGCACCGCAUCAACACUUUGCUGCAGCCCGACAUGAACAUCUGCGCCGCAGAGAGCGGCAUGAAUGUGGGAAUCCUGGACAUCUUUGGCUUCGAAAACUUCAAGAAGAACUCCUUUGAGCAAUUGUGCAUCAACAUUGCGAAUGAACAGAUCCAGUUUUACUUCAACCAGCAUAUAUUUGCUCUGGAACAAAUGGAGUACCAGAGCGAGGGAGUGGAUGCCAGCCUGGUGGAGUACGAGGACAACAGGCCCAUCUUGGACAUGUUCCUGCAGAAGCCCAUGGGUCUGCUGUCCCUGCUGGAUGAAGAGAGCCGCUUCCCACAGGCCACCGACCACACGUUAGUGGAUAAAUUUGAGGACAAUCUGCGCUGCAAGUACUUUUGGAUACCAAAACGUGUCGAACUUUCUUUUGGAAUUCUGCAUUUUGCUGGAAAGGUGAUGUACAGCGUAAAUGGAUUCCUGGAGAAAAACCGAGACACUCUCCCCGCAGACAUCGUGGUGGUGCUGAGAACGUCGGAGAACAAACUUUUGCAGCAACUCUUUUCUAGUCCCUUGACUAAAAUAGGGAAUCUGGGCACCGCCCGAGCCCGAGUGAACGCCGCCUCUCGAUCUCUGCCGCCGCAGCUCCGUUCCGGACACUCCAAGUCUCCCAAAUACCUCUUGAAGGUUGACACCAUGGAGAUGAUGCGUCACCCAGACGAAACCACCAACAUGAGGAGACAGACCGUGGCCUCCUAUUUCCGUUACUCGUUGAUGGACUUAUUGUCAAAGAUGGUGGUGGGUCAGCCGCACUUUGUGCGCUGCAUCAAGCCCAACGACGACAGGCGGGCGCUGUGCUUCUGCAAGGAGAGAGUGAUGGUGCAACUGCGCUACACGGGCAUCCUGGAGACGGUCAACAUCCGCCGCCAAGGAUACUCGCACCGCAUCCCCUUUGCAGAGUUUGUCACCAGAUACUACUACCUUGCGUUCCGGGCUCACCAGAUGCCAGAAACCAGCAAAAAAAAUGCCGCCACCAUACUGGAGCGAGCCAAACUGGAAGACUGGGUGCUUGGAAGGACAAAGGUUUUUCUAAAGUACUACCAUGUGGAGCAGCUGAACUUGCUGCUGAGGGAAGUGAUCGCUCGGGUGGUGGUGAUGCAAGCCUACACCAAAGGCUGGCUGGGGGCACGACGUUACAGAAGGGGCAAGCAGAAAAGGAACAACUGUGCCACCCUCAUCCAGUCAGCCUGGAGGGGCUUCGUCGCACGGCAGAACCUCAAGAAAAUUAAGAAGGAGCGGGAAGAGGCAGCAGUCCGUAUCCAGUCGGCUUACAGGGGCCAUCGAGUGCGUCUGGACUGUGGACCUCAGAGGCACACAUGUAAGCCCGAGUCUGGCGGGAAGACCACCAAGGACGAUCAUAUGGGGUCUCAGAGCCCGAAGGGCCUACAAAAGGCAAAUGUCGGCUCCGACAGCCGAGACAGACACAUGAAAGACUCAAAGAGAGACAAAGACGGUGCGACGAAGCCUCGCAGGGAGGCAGCCAGGCUGCGAGACGUACAGGGUAAACAAGGUCCAGUGAUGAAGCUCCAGCAGAGGACUCCUCGCCGGCGGGGCCAGCAGCCCAAGCUGCUUAACAGCCCCGAAGACAGCCUGUACUACAACCAGCUAAAUAGAACUCUGGAUUACCAGGGGAGCAAGAGGAAGCCCAGAAAACUUGGUCAAAUCAAAGUGCUGGACAGAGAGGAUGAGUACUACAAAUUACUGUCAAUGGAGGAGUCGAUCCCCGAAGAAGAGUACGAGAGCCCUGCCCCCGCCCGCCUGUUCUAGCCAGAGAUGAGCCUUAACAUCAUGUCAGCCGAUUGCCUUCUUCACCAGCAAAGUCGACCAGAAACCAAAAAGCGUCAACACACUACAUCGAUUGCACAUUUGUAUUUAUUUAUGUCGAAUUGAUGUUUUAUAUGGCACACAUAAAUCAGGUUCUAUUGAGAUUUGGUUGUCAAUGUGCGUGUUUUUCUCCAAUUUUGAAAGUUGCCACCUGCUGUUUCUUAGAUGAGGUUUGUGUUUUAUUGCUUGCUUCAACUGCCACAGUCAAAACUGAACAAUUAAUCUAUAUAAGUGCAAGCCAUUUACCAUUUCAGGGCAACACACAGUUUUGCCAUCAUUUCUGCCUUUUAUAUCAAAGAGUGGUGGCAAAGAGAGAGUGCCUGUUGAAUAGUAUGGGAAAAAAAUGAUUUGCUAGUUUCACUCAAUUAGUCGCCGGGCCAAGCGACAAAUAAAUUGGAAUAUAUCUGGACGCUCUACCUGCAGCUUCACCCCUCCUCUUAAAUUGACUCCCUGUUUUGCUUUUUAGUAUGCAGAAGGAAAACUUUGACUCAAGUGAACAACUACUGAUAUGACCCUGUCAAAGUUGAAGCGUGGCCAUAAGACGGUCAAGGUUUUCUCCAAGUCGAUUAGCUCAGGGACCGGACAUUGUGUUGAGCACACUUGGGGAAAUUCUCCCAAGCUAUUUCAAAGCGCUGCCCAGCCAAAUCCAUCCCUCAGCUGAAGUCCGAUUGAAAUCCAUGAAAAUGUAAGAAGUUGAAUUUUAGUGCUGAACCGGGCAGCUCAAAGGAUGAUAUCAAUUAUUUGGUAACGCUGCUGGUCUGCAGAGUCAAUGCACUUAACAUACAGUAUAUGACCUAAAUGCAGCUUUCGUAGCAGUGAGACCCACAUAUAGAGCACGUUAUACGGAAAUCUCAGUCCCGAAUCUAUUCAAGAUCGUCUGAAAACAUGACACUUUGUGGCUGAUUUUCUAAGAUCCCAAAUAGGAGGCGCUAAAUCACUCACUCCAACAGAUUCUCUGCACUGCUGGCAACAGGUGUAAAAGUGGUGUAGACUACCAUCUUUAAAAGAGGGUUUUGCGCUUGAGGUCGCUGUGAUAGUUUUCAACACAAAACAUACUGAGAGAUGACUGAAAGCGCAAAAUGACAUUUGAAGUGAUGGACUUGGAAGUAUUAUGGAAGAGAAAAACAAACAUAUGACUGAGUUACAGAAAAAAAUAUUAUUGCUCUGAUAAUUUUGGGGAAUCCGGCAACCUCGUCCUGAGUGCAUGGAAAUUGUAUGUACUGUAUGUGCCCAUCAUGUAGGAGAUUGCAUUUAAAACAUUGGACAGCAUACCCCAAAAUCUACUCUUGGAUCAGAUGACCCAGACACAAUGAAAUGCAAAGUUGAAAGGAGUUUUCUCAUAUGGCAUGACUCCUUCUUGUGACUUGCUCCAAGUCAGCCCUUAAAUUAUUCAAAACCUCCAAAAUUGCAUCACUGUAUAGGCAAUAUGUCGUGAUAAUUUUUUGUUUCUGGCAUUUCAAAAAUGUUUACGACCAGUAAAGUUCUACCU